AAAACAAUGCCAGAAACUGCGAUCACUCCGAAAAGCACGUCUUCUUUAAGUGCCUCGACGAGCUCCAAGGAGGAGUUGAAUCAAUUUCUCGUCGAGAAAGGAUUCACGCGAUGCGUGCAACAUAAAUUUCUAACGUACACCCAACUUCCCGUAAGAUGUCAGAGACCCAGCCGGUAUUACCAUCCGCCAAGAACUUCCUUCCGUUUGACCAACCUAACGAAGAUUAAUCGUACAUCUGCAAUUAAUACCGCGAAAAGCUGUCCAGAAAAUUCGUUAUGCUCGAUAUUUCACAGGAUAAAUACACCGCGUUACAAAAAGAGCUUAUCGAUGAUUGAUCUCACACCUUUAGUGAUGGAGGCUGAAAGUGGCGAACAGAGAUCAGACAGUGGUUCGACGUUAGAAAAAUUCGACGAAAAUGACAAAAUCAAGGACAUAACUACCAGCGAAAUGGGAAUAGGUGUCGGUAUUAAAAAGUGGAUGGACGGUUUCGAUGUAUUGGAAUCGAACGAAGGAUGUUCACGAUUUUGCCGAGAUCCAACAAAAGCGGCAAAUUUGAUGUGUCAUGUUCUCAUGUUGAACGCCUGGAGACAGAGAAGAAGCGAGGUGCAAUUUCUUUACGGGAAGAUAGAGGACAUGAGCCAACAGAUCGAACACUUGCAUCUUCAGAUCGUUGUACUGCGUCGAUUACUCGACACAGAGAAUGGUCGUGUCAGUAGACUCACUGGCGAGGUUCAUCGUGCCAAGGUGCAGUUCGAUGAAACGUUUAAAGAAAGGAAUACACUGAGAUCGGAAAAAGGGAAUAUGGAGGAGGAGAUAAAGCGACUGAACGAGCUUUCCGAGGAGAGGCUGGUCGUCACGGAGAACGUGAGGAACGAGCUGUUCACAGCGCAAAACCAGCUUCGCGCACUCGACGAGCAAAUGUCGAAGGAUCGUGAGAAAUUGUUGAAAUUACGCGAGGACAAGAGGAUACUUUUGGAAAAGGUGACAGCCAGCGAGACACUGGUCACAGAACGAGGAACCAGAGUGGAAAAAGCAGAAUCAAUGGUGGAGGAUUUGCAAUUAAAAUUAGCAACGCAGAUUGCUCUGGUCGAGUCUUCUCAGGAACAGAUAGAACGAUACACGAAGCAGUUGAAAGAGAAAGAGGAUGAAAAGAUGAAGUUGUUGAAACGUUUAAAAUUGACUGAAGAUACGGGGAAAGCACUAAACUUGCGUGCUAUUGCCAUGGAAGUUCAGUUGUCCGAUCGAGAAUCAGCCCUGCAACGUAUGCAGGCAGCCUACAAUUCCCAAUUAACGGAGCUGAAUGAACUGAAAGAACGUCUAAUACGGCAAUCUCAGGAAGGUGGUUGGAGCACUAGAAUGUUGCAAAUAGCCGGUAGUGUUGUACGCGCGCCAAGGGCUAUUCUGCGUACUUUGUUGGCGGGUCCAGUGUUGACUUCUUAA